AUCAAUGAUUGCCAUCGACAAUGAGCAGAGGUAGGCUCGAGCAUCACAUCUUGAACAAUCAGAACUAAAGAGUAAAAUCGGUUAUGGACUGGUUACUAGCAACUCCGCAGUUGUACAGCGCUUUCUCCUCUUUGGGUUGUCUAGAAGGAGACACCUAUGUGGUCAACCCAAAUGCAUUGGCCAUUCUAGAGGAGAUUAACAACAAACUAACCUAUGAGGACCAAACGCUUCGCACCUUCCGCCGGGCCAUUGGAUUUGGCCAGAAUGUGAGGUCCGAUUUGAUACCGCUCCUGGAAAAUGCCAAGGACGAUGCGGUCCUGGAGUCGGUGAUCCGGAUCCUGGUCAACCUGACGGUGCCGGUGGAGUGCCUGUUCUCCGUGGACGUGAUGUACCGCACGGAUGUGGGUCGCCACACCAUCUUCGAGCUGAACAAGCUGCUCUACACCAGCAAGGAGGCCUUCACCGAGGCGAGGAGCACCAAGAGCGUGGUGGAGUACAUGAAGCACAUCCUGGAAUCGGAUCCCAAGCUCUCACCGCACAAAUGCGAUCAGAUCAAUAAUUGUUUGCUGCUGCUGAGGAACAUCCUUCACAUUCCGGAGACCCAUGCCCAUUGCGUUAUGCCCAUGAUGCAGUCGAUGCCCCAUGGAAUCUCUAUGCAGAAUACUAUUCUAUGGAACCUGUUCAUCCAGAGUAUCGAUAAAUUACUCCUCUAUCUGAUGACCUGUCCGCAGAGAGCCUUUUGGGGAGUGACCAUGGUGCAGCUGAUCGCUCUGAUCUACAAGGAUCAGCAUGUGAGCACGCUGCAGAAGUUGCUCAAUCUCUGGUUCGAAGCCUCUCUGUCGGAGAGUUCUGAGGAUAACGAGAGUAAUACCUCGCCCCCGAAGCAGGGCAGUGGCGAUUCCAGCCCCAUGCUGACCUCGGAUCCCACCUCGGAUUCCUCGGACAACGGGAGCAAUGGAAGGGGCAAUGGAAUGCUGCGGGAGGGAACGGCGGCCACCUUGCAGGAGGUGAGUCGCAAGGGCCAGGAGUACCAGAAUGCCAUGGCCAGGGUGCCGGCCGAUAAAGCAGAUGGCUUCGAGGAGGCCAGCGAUAUGACUGGGAGUGAACAGCCCGGAUCCCCGGAGCAAUCGCAGCCCACCGGGGAGUCCAUGGACGAUGGGGAGUACGAGGAGCAGCAGCGAAUCCAAAUCCAGCGGGACGAAGAGGGCGAUGAGAAUGAAGAUGAGGACGAAGUGGAGGAAGGGGAAUACCUGCGACUGGGCGAGUCCUCGGAGCCCCUAAACUUAACCCAACAACCAGCUGACAAGGUCAACAACACUACCACCCCAUCGGCCAGUCCUGCCAGUCCUGGCUGCCUGGGAAACGAGCCCUUCAAGCCGCCACCGCCGCUGCCCGUCCGGGCCUGCACCUCGGCCCAAGCUCAAAUGCACCAGUUCAACGAAUCGUCUUACAAGUCCCACGUGUCGGCCGUUAAGCUUGGCCAGAAGUCUCCCCACGCGGGCCAACUUCAGCUGACCAAGGGAAAGUGUUGCCCGCAGAAGAGGGAGUGCCCCUCGUCGCAAUCGGAGCUAUCGGAUUGCGGUUAUGGAACGCAGGUGGAGAACCAGGAGUCCAUUUCCACCUCCAGCAACGAUGACGACGGGCCGCAGGGCAAGCCGCAGCACCAGAAGCCUCCGUGUAACACGAAACCAAGGAAUAAACCUCGCACCAUUAUGUCACUUAUGGAUAAGAAAGAGCUGAGACGCAAAAAGUUGGUCAAGCGCAGCAAGAGUAGUCUCAUCAAUAUGAAGGGCCUGGUUCAGCACACACCCACUGACGAUGAUAUUUCCAAUCUGUUAAAGGAAUUCACCGUGGAUUUUCUCCUCAAGGGCUAUAGCUAUCUGGUGGAGGAGCUCCACAUGCAACUGCUUUCCAAUGCGAAGGUGCCCAUAGAUACGUCUCACUUUUUCUGGCUGGUCACCUACUUCCUGAAGUUCGCCGCCCAAUUGGAGUUGGACAUGGAGCACAUCGACACCAUACUCACCUACGAUGUGCUGAGCUACUUGACCUACGAGGGAGUGUCCCUCUGUGAGCAACUGGAACUCAACGCUAGACAGGAGGGCAGCGAUCUGAAGCCUUAUUUGAGGCGGAUGCACUUGGUGGUGACGGCCAUCCGGGAGUUCCUGCAGGCCAUCGAUACGUACAAUAAAGUUACCCAUCUAAAUGAGGACGACCGGGAGCACUUGAGGCAACUCCAGCUGCAGAUCAGCGAAAUGUCCGAUCUGCGAUGUCUCUUUGUGCUGCUGCUAAGGCGCUUCAAUCCCAGCAUCCAUUCCAAACAGUAUCUCCAGGAUUUAGUGGUGACCAAUCACAUACUUCUGCUGAUUUUGGACAAUGCGGCCAAAGUUGAAGGAGGUCAAUCAAUUCGCCUUUCAGAACACAUUACACAGUUUGCCACUUUGGAGGUAAUGCACUAUUACGGCAUCCUCUUGGAGGACUUUAACAACAAUGGAGAGUUCGUCAACGACUGCAUCUUCACCAUGAUGCAUCACAUAGGGGGUGAUCUGGGUCAGAUUGGUGUGCUAUUCCAACCGAUUAUCCUAAAGACCUAUUCCAGAAUUUGGGAGGCAGACUAUGAGCUGUGUGAUGACUGGUCCGAUCUCAUCGAGUAUGUCAUUCACAAAUUCAUGAACACCCCUCCAAAGUCACCUCUGACCAUUCCCACCACUUCUUUGACUGAAAUGACCAAAGAACACAAUCAGGAACAUACCGUUUGCUCUUGGUCGCAGGAGGAAAUGGAUACCCUUUACUGGUAUUAUGUGCAGAGCAAGAAGAACAACGAUAUUGUGGGAAAAAUAGUCAAGCUCUUUAGCAACAAUGGCAACAAGCUGAAAACUCGAAUUUCCAUAAUCCAACAACUUUUGCAACAGGACAUUAUUACCUUGUUGGAGUACGAUGACUUGAUGAAGUUCGAGGAUGCUGAAUACCAGAGAACUUUGCUAACCACGCCCACUUCUGCGACCACAGAGUCGGGAAUUGAGAUUAAGGAGUGCGCCUAUGGCAAACCUUCUGAUGAUGUGCAGAUCCUCCUUGACCUGAUCAUCAAGGAGCACAAGUCGCAGCACCUGGUGUGGCUGCAGAAGAUCCUAAUCGAGAGCUGCUUCGUCAAGCUGACCCUGCGGAGUGGCCUCAAAGUGCCAGAGGGCAAUCAUAUCAUGGAACCGGUGGCCUAUCAUUGCAUUUGCAAACAGAAAUCCAUACCGGUGGUGCAGUGGAACAACGAACAGUCCACGACGAUGCUCUACCAACCCUUUGUAUUGCUGCUCCAUAAACUUGGCAUCCAGCUGCCGGCAGAUGCGGGCUCGAUCUUCGCCAGAAUUCCGGACUACUGGACACCGGAGACGAUGUACGGACUGGCCAAGAAGCUGGGACCCCUGGACAAACUCAACCUCAAGUUCGAUGCCAGUGAGCUGGAGGAUGCGACGGCGGCGAGUCCCCUGCGAUAUCACCACACUGGUCCGAGGAACUCCCUGAGCUCGGUGAGCAGUCUGGACGUGGAUCUCGGCGAGCCGGAGGAGCUGGCUCUUAUACCCGAGGUGGAUGCGGAUGUGGAGAAGGCCCAUGCCAUGGAAUCGACGCCCCCGCCCAGCGAGAUCUUCGCGGUGCCCAAGACCAAGCACUGCAACUCGAUUAUCAGAUAUACGCCUGAUCCCACGCCUCCGGUUCCCAACUGGCUGCAAUUGGUCAUGCGCAGCAAAUGCAAUCAGCGCUCAAGUCCGGCUGGUGAUCCCAGCGAUUGCAUUGGUUCCUCGUCGACAAUCGUGGACGAUGAGGGAUUGGGGAAGUCCAUCAGUGCGGUCACCUCGCAGGCGGCGAGCACCUCGAUGAGCUCGGUGAAUCCCAAGAACACCUUGAGCUUCAACAUGCAGAACACCUUCAUGGGCAGUCACAAUGAGAACAGCAGCAGUUCCGGAUGCGGGGGCACCGUGUCCUCGCUGUCCAUGGUGGCUCUAAUGAGCACGGGAACGGCAGUAGGUGGCUCCUCCGGUCUGGACAUGGAGGUGGAUGUUGAGGCCUCCAUGAAGUCCUCUUUCGAGCGACUGGAGGUCAACAGCUCGCACUUCUCGCGGGCCAACAACUUGGACCAGGAGUACAGUGCCAUGGUGGCCUCUGUUUACGAGAAGGAGAAGGAAUUAAACAGCGAUAAUGUCUCUUUGGCCUCGGACCUAACCAGAAUGUAUGUGAGCGAUGAGGACGAUCGACUUGAGCGAACCGAGUUCCGUGUGCCCCACUAUCAUUGAGGAUCCAAUGUCCCAGAUAUCCAGAAUAUCCCGAUUACCCCGAGUUUUGAGUGAGGCCCGCCAGCUGCUGGAAUGAAUUGUACCUUAACACCUUUGAUAUCACACAGCACAAGGAUUGUACAUUAAUAUUAUAUGACCUCUAAAUGCAAAAGUAUACCUGAUUAAUUAGAGUUAACGAAAAGUCUAAGCAGAAAGCGAAGUGCAUUAUUCGGUUACAAGAUGUGAGGCUCUUUAGAUUCUAUCCCUAUCUUAUCCUUAAGUUAACCUUAGUUUCCAAUUGUAUUCUGUAUACUUACCACAUACACAAACACACAUGAAAAUGGGCAGUUCCUGGUUGAAAUAGUGCAAAUAUACACACACAGAUAAAUCUAUUUACACGAGUUAAGCGAAAGAAGAGCGUCCGUAUCCAAAAUCCAUCUGUACGUAUAUCCUUAGUCAUAAGUUAUGCUUAGCAAUAAUAAAGCUUUCUCUGUAGCCAAAAUCCACAAA